AUGGAGGCCGAGGCUGAUGGUGGGGCCCAGGGUGCUUGUGACUCCCUGUUGGCCUUGGCACAGGAAGGUGAUGCUGUGGAGGUGAGGGCCCAGGAGCUGUGCAGUGUAGACGUGGGAUUAGGACUGGACCACGUGUGCCAGGCGUUGGCAGUGGACCAAAUCUUGGUGUCUGGGGACAGUCUCUUGGCUGCAGGGAGUGCAAGUGUGGCAGCAGCAGGUGCGGAGUUGAGGCCACAUGAGGUGGGCAGAGGGGAGGCUGUGUUGGCUGAGUCGCAGCUGGGGGACCAUGAAAAGCCUGAGGUCCAGCAGAGUGCUUCCAUGGCUGAGCUAUUGGAGGAGGAGCAGGGACGGCAGAGUGCACUGGUAUCAGGGGAGCAGUUUGUGGCAGAAGGGGCAGACCUCAUGCACGUGGUGCAGGUUUGGGCAGAGGAUGAAAGUUUGGGGUCAGAGGCAAAGGUCUGGUUAGACCUGCAUGUGGGCAGGCAGGAGGAGGUGUUGGCUGAGGGCUCCUUAGCAGAGGAAGAGGAGGAUGAGGUCACAGGGCGGCCAGAGGCAGCUGGGGAGUGGGACCAGCUCCUUGACCAACAGCAGUUUGUCAACCUCCCUGAGUUGUCAGCCAUGAUCAGUGAGCAAGAUGAAAGCAUGCUGAGCUUCAUGACUGACUUGAAGGUGGAGAAAGGCAGUGAUCGCUGCAAGAUGGUGCUCUUGUUUCGCAGGAACCCCUACUUCUGCAAUGAUAUGAUUGUCAAGGAGUACCUCAUCACCCUGACAGGGUACAGGUCCUGCUAUUCCACUCCCAUUCAGUGGCACAAGCGGUAUGGACGGCAGGCCUACAGGCGCAAGCACAACAACAGCAGCCUUAACUUCUUCAACUGGUUCUCUGACCACAGCCUGGCAGGCUCUGGCAGGAUUGCAGAGUGCAUCUGUGGUGACCUGUGGUCCAAUCCCCUGAAGUACUACAGGAGGAAGAUGGCAGCAGUUGAGGGGUCCGAGGAGAGGACAGGUGAAGAGUCCUUGGCUGGGUACUGGGCCGAGGUUUAG